GACUUGCUGGGACUGGGUGUGGCAGCGCCUCCCUGAGAGCGCAUCCCAGUUGAUGGAGUUCCUCUCCUCCAUCUGCUUGCUCUCCCCCCUCAUCUAGACUGGGUGUCUGUAGCGCCAACCAGGCAGCCCAGGAAGUACAGCGCCUGUGCAUCACAAGGAGCAGCAGCAGGGAAGGGUGGGCUUCGAGCUUCUCAAGGGGACUGAAGAGAGUUACAGCCACUAUAACAAGACAAUGAAGAUUCAGCCCAAAAAACAGAAUAUGAGUCCCAGUCAGUUGCCUCAUCAGAGUCCAUGGCCUCACAGUGCAGGCCGCAGAGUGGAUCCCUUGUGAAUGUGCAUGCCGCAGAGAAUUCUAUAAAAGAUGGUACGUCAGAGGACCAGGAAGUGGCCGGACAAGGAGAGAAGCUGGCUAACCAGAUCCAGCCCCCGAGAGAGGAAGCCGUAGUGAGGAUGAUCAAGUACCAUACCCCACAAGGAUCAGGGGAUAUAGUCAUGAUACAGUCAGAACACACAGGUGCAGUGGAUAUCCUUUCAGCAGAGCUGGAGACUUCAGACCUCCUUGGUGAGCAGAGAAAAGCUCAGCCUCCUCUGGCUUCACCAUCCACAUGGACCACUUGCAAGAUAAGGGAAUUCAAAGCCAAAAUGGGAAAGGAGAAGAAUGCCCAGAUGGUGGUAAAAAGGGGUGAAGUGGUGACAGUCCGGGUGCCAACACACCCAGAUGGGAAGCGUGUCUGCUGGGAGUUUGCUACAGAUGAUUAUGACAUUGGCUUUGGGGUCUAUUUUGACUGGACUCCUGUCACCAGUACUGCCAUUACUGUGCAGGUCAGUGAAUCAAGCGAUGAAGAUGAUGAAGAGGAAGAAGAUGCGAUUGAAGGACUCACCCCUGUUGGAGAUGUGGAGAGGGGCACUAAAAGCUCUCCGCGAAACCGUUAUGGUGAGAUCAUGCCUGUGUACCGAAGGGACAGCCACCGGGAUGUGCAGGCAGGGAGCCAUGACUACCCAGGCGAGGGCAUCUACCUGCUCAAAUUUGACAACUCCUAUUCCCUCCUACGCAACAAAACUCUCUUCUUUCAUGUGUAUUAUACCAGCUGAAGGAGUGGAGGAAGCCGGUACAGCAGGCAGGUAACACUGAGCAGAGCAGCCUGCCAGCCAGGAUUGGCACCCCCUAACUGGCAGUGCCUAUGAUUGAGGGAGAGACCUGGGUCUCUGCUCUCCUUUGGCCCAGAACAUGUUUUCCCCCACUGCCAUGCAGUUUACUCACAGGAAAGGGUAGCUGUGGCUGCUCAGUCAUCCAAAGGCAAUGUCUCUUGCUCUAAAUUUCAGGAAGCCUGCUCUGUGCAGGCAUCAAGCUGGGACUCCUCAUUACAGCCAGUAAACAUAAAUUGUCAAUGGGCAGAUCCAAGUGACAGCAGUUUCUUUCUAUUGCAUUUGUGUGAACUGAAGCUGAAAUACCCUCUUAUUUAAAACAGAGAGAAUCCUCAAAUUCUCCUGUCCCAUCGGGCUGCUUUUGGGUCAAUGGAACUCUGCUGGGAGGCAAAACUACCUAUCCUUUAGCUGUAUCACUGCAGUGCAUCUUGCUAGUCAAGCCUCCGUUAAUCUCUAUGUGGGGACUCUUCCAGCUAACUAUCUGAAAUGCAGCCUGCUGCCUCUGACCCCAUUCACGGUGGUAUAGUCAUGUCACAAGUGCCAGACCCAAUCAUGCGAAACUUUAUUUUGGAGCCUUGCAGAAGGAAUCAAUAGGAAAAUUUCCAUGGGAAAGCAGUGUGGAAAGAGAUAAUCUUGACUGUGGAGAUGUGUGAAUCUCCUGUCCCCAAUAACAGUUUCCUCUUAUCUAUGGGAAAAUUAAGCUGUAGUCUCUUGUGGAAUCAGCCUUUCCCUUUAUAUACCUGACUGGAGUUAGUGAGGCUCUGAAGUCAUUGCUGACCCCUAUUAGCAGGUUGAGGAAUGGAGCUUCAUGGCCCACAUAAGGGUUGGCCUCUGCUCAGCUCUUUGCAGGAAUAAGUAAGAAUCUGUCAACAGAUGUGUAUUAAAGGGUAUUUAUUUGUAACUCUUUAAGAUUCAAAAUGAGUAUUUAUUUGAUAUUAUUCAUGAACAUUUUCCUUCAAGGUAGCUGCUGAACUUGCUUUGUGGUGCCUCUGUUGGGUGUUAAUGAAUGGCGUUGUACAUGAUGGUUGUGGUGAAGUUCUAGUCUCACACCCCAUAGCUGUUGUCUUUCCAUGCAGAGACAAAAGCCAAAAACUUCACCCUCCUAAGAAGCCCUGUAAUUCCCUGGUGAUUCCAUACCUCAUGAUUCAUUCAGGCCUCCCCCCCCCCCUUUUUUUUUUUAAUGUGCUCUGCUACUUAAGCACUCAGGAGCAAUAAAUAGAUCAGGGAGGUUGAGAGCAGAGCGAGCUAGACAGUUGAGCAGCUGAGGACAAUCAGGGUGGGGAGGGCAAAGCUGCACGGGCUAACGCACCAACAUAUUUUUGUAGUAAAGGAUGGAGCCAGGGAGCAAAACAGCUCUUUUAGAAGAGAUGAUGGAUAAGGAGCAGGGCUGCUCCUCCUUUAAGGCACUGAGGCAACAAGGGACCAGCUCUCUUCCUUUCUCCAGGAAGGGAGAGGGGAGUGAAGAGCAGAGUGGCCCAACCCAGGAUGAGCUGGAAGGUAAAGUAGCCUCCUAAUUCUAGGUAGCAUCAAUGGAGGGGUCCUGCAAAGGGGAAGAAAAGCAAGAUUUUUUUUUUUUAAGUGAUCUGGUCAGGGGCUCCUCUCUGAUCCUUAACAGCCUGGGCUGGGAUGCUUGUUUCCCUCUGAAAACCCUCUUUGAAUAUCCUGGGCAAGCAUCUCCCUCUCCAGUUGUCUCCUUCCACAACGUCUUCUCUAAAUAUUGAGCAGCUAAUGCAAGGAACCCUUCUUUCACUCAGUCUGGUUCUCAACUACCUAAACAACACGUGCGGAGCAGUACUCUGCCCCUUGAAUAUUCUGUGUAUAUCUCCCUGUUUUCCCCACCCUGCUGUGUAAUGCAUAAGUGACUGCUAUGCAUUUGGCCCUUUGUUGCACAUUUUGGAGAGCCCUGCCAUGCCUCUGAAAGAUGAGAGGUAUGAGUGGUGCACUGACUAAGCCACUGUCUGAAAUAGGAUUUUAGCAAACAAGGAAAACGUCGUUUGUGUUUGGCCAAAAAUGUGUGUCUUCCUCCUAUGUAUUUUUUGUGCCUGAAUAUGAAAUUAAUUACUCUUUUUGUACUUUCUGGUGUAUUAUGAAUGAAUAGUUUGCAUAGCAGUUUCUAUGGCAUAUUCAGCAAGGAAGAGUAUGGGCACUUAGUUGUGCAAGUCCUAAAUAAAAAGCAACUUUUGUCCUUAAAUUUACAACAGUGAAGGUUUAAAAUUCGGAGAGUUUGUGACAAUAAAUUACCCUCAAAUCCCUUUUCCCUUCCCCAUUGAAAGAUUAUUGAGACAGUGUGUAUUGCA